AUGGGGAGUUACCGUUGUUUCUGCAAUCAUGGAUACAUGCUGGACACUGAUGGAAAAUCCUGCAUCAAUGAACUGGACUGCACCUCUCUUCGCUGCCAGUUUGGUUGCCAGAUUGAGAGAGAAGGUGAAGUGGGCUGUUCGUGUCCUCCAGGGCUCCACUUGGCUUCAGAUAACAGAACGUGCAAAGACAUAAAUGAGUGUGACGGUCUCUCCCACACUUGCACAGAACGCCAGUCGUGCAGGAACACUUUUGGGAGUUUCAUUUGUGUCUGUAAGGAUGGAUAUAUCUUGGGAACACUUCAGGAUACAGUCACAUGUCGAGAUAAAGAUGAGUGUCUGACGGGCAACCAUCACUGCAGCCACCAAGCCAGCUGUGUGAACAUAGAAGGCUCAUACACUUGCCAGUGUGAGAAGGGCUACGCUGGAGAUGGCUUCAGAUGCUGGAAGAAGAGCAAUGGACUGUCAUGGGCUGCUAUGUACUUCCAGUAUAAACACUCCAAACUGACGAGGCCAGUAAAGAAACCACUUUAA